GACCACGACCACGACUACGAUUACUACACAAUCCUCAACCUCCCAUUUACCUCCUCCGCGACACUCACGAAACAACAAUUAAAGCUAGCAUACCAUCGCGCGUUACUGCGACACCAUCCCGAUAAGACGAAUGCAAAGGAAGACCACCUCGCGCAACAAACACCAGACCGCGACAGCGAUACCCAACCCACGAACGCAUACACAAUUGACCAAAUAACAACAGCCUACAAAACUCUCUCCUCCCCCUCGUUACGCUCCGAGUAUGAUAGAGCACUACGAUUAGAUCGGGCAAAAAUCGUCGAGCGCGAGAAGAACGGCACCGUAUUUCAUACAGGCCUCGAAGUCGUUGACUUGGAGGAUCUUGUCGAAGACGACAGUGAUAACAAUGGGGAAGGUGUUUGGUAUCGGGGUUGUCGGUGCGGUGAUGAGAGGGGGUUUAUGGUUACGGAGGGGGAUUUGGAGAGGGAAGUUGAGGGGGGUGAGGUUGUUGUGGGGUGUCGGGGGUGUAGUUUGUAUAUGAAGGUGCUUUUUGCGGUUGAGGAUGGGGAGGGG